AUGAGCGUUCGAAACACCAUCUCCAAGUUCAAUACGAUUUCGACUGAGACCGACAACAAAUUGAAAAAGUAGGUGUUACGAAAGUUGAAGUAUCGAAAGCAUUGAAUGAGACAAUGUUUCGUUUAAUUUCGAAAAAAUCUUUAGAAAUCCAUUUUCGAACACAUAUGAACAACAACAAUUCGAUACGUCAGCUUCAGACUAUGGCCGACCAACGAAAGGGUCGUUGACGGAAAAACGUGGAAUCAAAGCCGGUAACUAUAUUCUAACACAAGUAAGUUUGUUCACGGCAAAAAACGAAGAAAUUACAGUGGAACUUCUGUAUAAUAAAUCGAUCUGUGACUUGAAAUUUGUUCGUUAUAAAGGCGUUUUGUUAUACAGGAGUUUUAAAUGCACCGUGUAGUGGUAGACGGAGAUUCAAAAGUUGUUCGUUAUACGGGAUUUUGCUAUAGAGUAGUUUGUUAUAAAGGCGUUCGUUAUACAGGAGUUUGUUAUACAGGAGUUUUUUAUGCAGGAGUUAUACAGAGUGUUUGUUAUAAAAAAGGUCGUUGUACAAGAGUUCUACUGUAUUGUUUUUUGAAUGUUUAAAUUUUUGAACCAAAUGUUUAAUUGAAUGUUUCAGGUAUUGCAACUAUGUGAGUUUAUUAUAAAGUACGGAUCAGGACCUCCCGAAGCUAGAGAGAUUAAAUUCGGACCUUUAUUCAAGUUAUAUGAGUUUUAUUCAGAUAAAGUGAGUUUUAAAACUUUAAUUUUAAAAAUUGUAUGUUUUUUACAAGCAACUUUUUCCAUCUGCUCCGCUUGAAUUGAAAUGUGACUUUUUAAAUAGAAAGAUCACGUCAAUAUAAUAUAAUAAUGUAAUAAACCGCGCUAUAAAAUAAAACUGAUCAAGAUGUAAAAAAUAUCUCAUCAACAAUAUUUUAGGUAGUAGGCCUCUUAAUCCGAGCACGAAAGUACAAGCUGUUGACAUUCGACGGCGAGAUGCUAUACCAACGUCAAGACGAUCACAAAGCGAUUGUGAUGUUGAUGAGUAGAGAGCAAAUUCAGCAAAAUGUUGAGUUCAGUGGUGAUCCAGCAGCCAUGAUUAGCCUCAAACAAUAA